AUGAAGCUGGUGAAGCAAAACUACGAACGCGACGGGAGUGGCGCCGUCGUCUGCGAGUGUGAGGUAGCUGAUGACGUUUGGACGCUUUACAACGUCGUCCUCCCCGGGGACAAAGUCAAAUGCGCCACGACUCGGAAACUGCAGAGAGAAAGCGACACCGGCGCGGUCUCUUCGGAAGUGAAGAAGAUCACUCUCAACAUUCUUGUCAAAAAGACCGACUACGAAGGCGAUGGCGACAUGCUUCGGAUCGCCGGACAAGUCAUCGACGAAAAUCCCUACGUAAAGAUUGGCAGUCACCAUACUCUCGACAUCUCUCUGCACACAAAAGUGACUCUUUACAAGGAAUACUGGGACCGAUUCUUCUUGGACAAGUUGCAGGAGGCGAUCGAUCCUCACCGGAGUGCAGAGGUGCAAGUUGUGUUGAUCGAGAGCGGGCUGUGCCAAGUCUUUCUUCUUUCGUCUUCCUUGGGAAAACUGGUGGCGAAAGUGACUGCGGCGAUGCCCAAGCAGCGAGGUCCCUUCUCGAAUUACGAAAAGGUGAAGAAACGAUUUUUCGAGGAUGUUUUCUCAAGUCUCGUGGUUCACACGAACUUCGAGACUGUCAAGUGCGUCCUCAUCGCAGGUCCAGGUUUCAUGAAGGACGAGUUUCUUGAGUUUCUCCACCGGGAGGCGGUGAAGAGAGGCUGCAAAGACUUUAUUUCCAGAAAACAAAUGUUCGUCACUGCCUCUGCUUCAACAGCACACAAACAGGCGCUGACCGAGCUGCUGGCAGAUCCAAGUGUCGUGGCUCUUUUGGAGAAUACAAAGGCAGUGCGGCAUGCACAGAGACUGCAAGAGUUCUACAGAUUGUUGAACAGGACGUUGGAGACGUCCACGGGCAGCGACAAGCGCAAUUUGACUUGUUAUGGUCCUGGGCAGGUGGCGACGGCUGUUGACGUUGGAGCGGUGGCUUCUCUCUUGAUUACAGAUGGACUGCUGAGGUCCAGCGACACCGCAGAGCGACGGCGCUUCCUCCGACUCGUCGAAGAGGUCGAACGCACUGGCGGGGAAGUUCUCACUUUCUCCGACCAACACACCAGUGGAGAACAACUCAACAUGCUGUCGGGUGUCGCGGCAAUCCUGAAAUUCCCGAUACACGACUUUCUCGAAGACGAAGAGGACGCAGCGGGCGACGAGACGCGCAAGCGAGAGGACUGA